AUGUGUAUUAGCAAGAUUAUUAUUAAUAUUCGCUAUUUUAAAUUCAUGUUCUCUAUGGUCUUUGUGUGGUUUUUACUGCAAAGAUUUGUUAUUAUGUACAUUAAUGCCACAUCUUUUUAUAAUGUAAUAGAAUUCAUAUUUAUAUGCAUUAUAUUUAUAUUAUUCACAGUAAUAUAUAAUUAUUUCUUGUUAUUUUUUCUCUUCUUUGUAUUUAAAUGUUUUUGUCUGGUAGACUGUUUAUUUUUGUUAUUCAACUUCGAAUGUUGCCUUAUAUAUUGUACACUAAGUUUAUACUUGUGCUUUGUAUGCAUAUUUUUUUCAUACUAG